AUGGUAGGCCCCCCCUUGGCGCGGCGCAAAUGGCUCCGUCGCGGGUUGAAUUUUAUUGCCGUCGCUACCGGCGUAGUUGGUGGACUGUACUUGCUUGUGCAGUUUGCACUCGCCAAGUUCAACGAGAUGCAAGAGCGGAUGCUGCGCGAAAGAGUCGCGCGUGAAAACCUGCGCCGCCGGUUCCUUCAGAAUCAGGAAGAUUGCAGCUUUACCAUCAUGGCAUUGCUUCCUACGAUUUCUAUUCAGAUAUUCAAGACAAUGGACGUAGAGUCGACCAGCAAGGAGCUGCAGCGGCAGAGCAAGAAACCGUUGCCGUCCACGGAAGAGAAGGAGCGCGGCCCUGAGGCGCAGGCUGCACAAGCACAGCCAGACAGCUCCGAAUCUGGCAUCACCGACGAUUCGGGCAUGCCGGCUGCCGCUGUGCGCGGCACUGGCCUCGACCGGCUCUCCGAAGCGCCGCCGCCGCCCAUCUCCGACUCAGCCAAACUUCCCACCGCAACGUCGCAGUCCUCGGGCCAAGGAUCAGACUUUGCGCGCGAAGAGGAGGACCGCCGCGUGAAAAAACUACAGCUUUGGAACGAAAUUAAAUACACGUCGUUUGCGCGCACAUUUACGACGCUCUACACGCUCGUCUUUCUUGCCAUCCAGACGCAUAUACAGCUGAACCUGAUCGGACGCCGCGCCUAUUUGGUUGCGCUCGAGUCGCAGGCCAGACGCGAAGCACAGGCGCAUCUCGCCAAGAGCGAGACUGUCGAUGAGCCGCACCAGAUUGCACUCCAAGGCAGCCUGGACCUUGAUGCGCUGUCGAUGCCUGACCCGCGCCCGGAUGCGGACUUGGAUGCGAGCGCAAGCGAGGCGUACUUGAGCCCGGAUACGGAGAAAAAAUAUCUUACCUCUUCCUACUGGUUCCUGCACCGAGGCUGGUCGAAGGUAGCGCACAAGAUCACAAAUGUGGUGAACCAAGAGCUGGCGGAUAUGCCACUCAAGACGAUCCUUACAUACCAUCAUUUCCAGGGACUCAUUGGGCGCAUCCGGGACAGGAUUGAAGAGUCACAGGACGGCGGCACGGCAUUCCUCGGCACGCAUGGUUUUCGUGAUAUCCUCUUACCCGAGUCUGAGAUGGACGAGAUCGAGAUGCUUGUCCAGGCAGGUGCACUUUCCAACGGCAUGCAGCACACCGAGGCAAUUACCCCGCAGCUGCGCCGCCUGUUGGACGAGACAAAAGACUAUAUUGACUCGCCGGACUUUGCACGCGUCUUCCAGACUUCGUGUGACAACGUAUUUGAUUUGUUUUUGCGCAGCUUGCUGCCCUCCUUUGGUGUGCAGAGCAUGUUUGACGUCGCCCCCGACGCUACGGAUCACGCACACGCGCGAACGCGCGCCAUGGCCGCCGAGAAGCCACUUUUGCUUGCCAAGUUGCUGCCGCUCGUCGCGCAGCAGGCUCAAGUCGCGCUGAACACGUCACCAAAUGCAUAUGUCGAAGCCAUUACAGACACGAAAGAAAUUCGCGCGUUUAGCGUGCUCAUUUACGCUGCAUGGGAAGACGACAUGCAUUUGUAA